GUGUUCAAACAAUUGGAACUAACCAAAUCCAAACCAAUCAUUCUUCAAAAUGAAGUGCAUCAUUGCCGCUGUUGUCAUCGCCUUCGCCGUUGCCGCCGAAGCCAGCUGGGGACCAUGGGGAACCGUUGUUCAGGCUAAUGUUCCAUCGUGGCCAGCCGCUCAUUGGGAUGGUGCUUGGUCGAAUGCUGGUGCUUACGGCGCGUGGCCAGCGGCCGGUCACUGGGACGGAGCUUGGUCUGGUGCUGGACAUUGGGGAGGAGCUUGGCCAGCCGCUGCUCACUGGAGUGCACCAGUGGCCUCGGUUGCUCAUCAUGCCGGAGUUGUCCCCGGAGCCGUCUCUGUGAAUGCCAACCGUGGCGCUGUUCAUGUGGCUCCACUCGCCGGCCAUGCUAUUUCGCAGAAGCAGCUGAACCUCGCUCCAGCUCCAGGAACCCUUUAAGUUGCCAAAAACUGUUCGAUUAGACCGAUUUC